AUGAACGCAGGCACACGCAUGCAUGCACGUUGCGUGCAGUGUACUUGUUCCGCAGUUGCGAUAGCGUUUGGUAUGGCGUUCCUCAGUGUUCCUUUCAAAGGGUUCAAUUCCACGUUUCGUAGUUGUCACGAGUCUAGAUGCGAAAGUGUGAGCCCUAGACCAGGACUCGGGGCGGAAACGCGUCGCGUGCGGAAGCCCAGCGUUCACCUCGGUGGCCUGCGGGCGACGACGACGCUGCCUACGUCGGCGCUGAAGCGGUUGACGCCAGUGGCUGGACGGAACAAAGUGGUGGACAUUGAGGGUUUUUCAAUAUACUAUGACUUUCAAUUGGGUACGGUGCGUCCGUUUGUGUUCUUCCUGCCGGGUUUAGCGAAAUCGCGCAUGCACUCGAAAGCGUCUGAACUGGAGGUGUUCUGCCGUCAGACCGGGCAGGGCAUGUUCUGUGCCGACUACGCCGGUACCGGCCGAUCCUCUGGAGUCUUCACUGAGAUCGGAACCUUGUCUUUAUGGACCUCGCACGCGGAGGCGCUGCUGGAGAAGGUGCUCGGCGCUUGCGGUCGAGUGCUGUUGGUUGGCGAAGGUAUCGGCGGCUGGAUUGCGCUGCUGCUCGCCAUGAGACGUCCGGAGCGCAUCAGCGGCAUCAUUGGGCUAGCAGCGGAUCCGGACUUUACCGAAGACCUGGUCUGGCCGCGAAUGACGCCAGAGCAACAGCGGCAGGUCGUGGAAAAAGGCAGUAUCAUGUGGAAACACGGUUUCGAGGAGUAUCCCAUCUCACGCGCGCUCGUCGAGGACGCUCGUUCGCAUCUUCUCCUGCGCGGCGAACCCGGGUCGCUACCCAUCGACGUUCCAGUUCGCCUCAUCCACGGCUUAAAUGAUGAAGAAGUACCAGCGGAGCGCUCAAUUCUGCUCGCCCAGCUGCUGCGCUCCCGUGACGUCACCGUCACUCUCGUGAAGCAUGGCGAUCAUGCGCUGGAACGGCAAGAGGAUUUUAGACGGCUCAACGAUACUAUCACCGAGCUAUGUAGCGCAUACUUUGAGUUUGACCUGCGUACACCACAGAGCGGCUAA